GAAGAUCUGGACAAUUCAUUACUUUUGUGGACUAAUAAUGUAAAUGCCAACCAGAAAUCUUUCAUCGUCCUGUUUACAUGGAGAAAUCGCAGGUUUAACAUGCGCGCUGGGGUUAUCCUACAAAAGAGACGUGCCAAUGGAAGGAGACGAGUCUAACGAGACUAGUCCUGUGGAAGAGUUACGUGGAUAUUUCAGUGUAAAAAUGUGGUUAGUUUGGGAUUACAAGGGGAAAUGAGGGAUGUUUUUGGUUAAGAUACACCUGAUGGUCCCUAUAUUUACUUGCUUUGAUUGCGCGAUUACUCAUGUGCUUUGUAGGAUUCACACGGAAUUGAGACCAGGUUAGUUGACAAAACUUCAAUUGCUUAAACCGAUCAGAAAAUUGAUUUUUGGUGACCUUGUUUACAUUAAAAGUUUAACUAAGGCAUUUUUUUUUACCAAGGUCAGAUGAUGUUGUGUAGUUAUCCAAAUAUAACUGAAUAAUUCGUUUUCACUUGGAAUAAAAAAUCCCUAAUUCCUCCACUACGCGUCUAUAUUACAAUUUUCACGAUAUUAUUAAGCGAUAUAUUUUGUUUGUCGAUUCGAUAUGCUUCGAUUGCUCGUAACUGGUUGCAAAUUCCUCGCAGAUAUUCCAACUUAACGCUCUAAUGAAGAGUACUGGUUCUAGUCAACGGGUAGCGAUCCAUCUUAUUGACAUAACUGUACGCUUCACGGCAUCUUUUAAACUUGAAGAUUUUACAACGUGUCUUUGUGCCGGUAAAACCAUUCAAGCAAGAAAUCAUUGCAAGAUCCAAUUUAAAUUAUAGGCAAAAAAUAAAUCAAACUAACUUAAAAACGAAUUUCAAGUUUUUUGCUAAACUAUGAUGGAGUAAUUAUAUUUUGCUAAACUAUAAUAGAAUAAUUAUAUGUUGCUAAACUUUAAUAGAAAUGUUUACUAAGUUAUUCUAUUAUGUACUGAAUUAUAUAAUAUCAGUCUGAGAUGCAAACUCGUGCUUUAUUGCCAUAAAACUUUCAAUUCCUGAUUUUACUGCAUCAAAGCCCCGUUUUCACCCAGUUUCCUAUAGUUCUUAGCCCAUUAAUAAGUUACAAUUUUCCGAUGAACCCUGUGACAUUUCAGGGAUUUAAGGGCUUCCUUUUAAACUAUAUAUUAUAAUCAUGUCGGUCAUAUGCGAGACUGUAUAGACUAUAGAGUAAACUGUCGCCGUCUAAGUAUUAUUUAACCUCGCACGAUUGAUCUAAGCUGAAAUGGUAAUGUACAAAUCUAUCAUUUAUAAUUUACACUUUUGAAUGUAUUUAUACGUGGAUUAUAUUUGUUGCAAAUGAAGAUAUACUAAGUGGUACUGAAUGUUACAAUUUUAUUCAAAUGACAGUUCCGUGCUUUUCUUUGUUUAUUUUCAAACUUUCAGCAAGCUACGGUUCAGCAAGCAUAUUUUGUGCGAAAUCUAGCGGCGUUAAAACCUACCUGUUCAUAUUUCUCUCUCAUAACACAGCCACCUGUCAAUUCAAUAAUCUUGCGUUACUACGUUUACUUUGCUUACAAGCCCGCUUCAUAAAGCUCAAGACCACAACACCGUGAAGACCAUCCACCGUGGCAGAUGAUUCAACUAUCAUUACUCAUGAGAAAAAUAUGAAAACUUGAAUUCCAUAUUCAUUACGCAAAUAUGACAACAAAUUUUGGAGGCACAAAGUCAACCAAGAUGUCUGUGGUGGUUGUCUCUGUCUUAGUUCUAGUUUUAGUUUCUCCUGUUCAACCUGCGUAUACGAAACCAAAUAUAAUAAUGGUCGUUGCAGAUGAUCUUGGAUGGGAUGAUGUUAGUUUUCAUGGUUCUAAUCAAAUUCCAACGCCAACGUUGGAUCGUUUAGCUAAAGAAGGAGUUGUUCUCAAUAAUUAUUACGUUUCACCGCUAUCUACACCAAGUAGAGCAGCAUUUAUGACUGGAAAAUACGCUAGUCAUCUCGGUCUACAGCACGAUGAUUUUCAUAAUCAACAGCCAAGCGGGCUACCUCUCACUGAAUCACUGCUUCCAAACCGUUUACGAGAAUUAGGAUAUAGUGCCCAUGGCGUGGGAAAGUGGCAUUUGGGAUUUUUUGCCAAAGAAUACACCCCAACAUUUCGUGGUUUCGACUCCUUCUUUGGUUUCUGGACGGAUACGGAAGAUUAUUAUUCACACGUCUCGUAUGAUAAUGGAUAUGGAUUAGAUUUACGAAGAGACUUGAAUCUGGUCUACAAUGAAAGUGGAUCGUAUAGUACGGAGUUAUUCACAAAAGAAGCAAGAAAGAUCAUCCACGAUUACGACAAAAAAAAGCCAUUGUUUUUAUAUUUGGCGCAUCAAGCGGUUCAUGUUGGUAAUGGCGAUGAUCCACUUCAAGUACCCGAGAAAUACGUCAAGAUGUUUGCUGGAAUAAAAGAUGUUUCCAGACGAAAAUUUGCAGGCAUGGUUGCAACGCUUGAUGACUCGUUAAAGCAACUAACAGAUGCCUUAACGGCCAAAGGAAUGAUGCAGAACACUAUAAUUGUCUUCACGACUGAUAAUGGUGGGGCCGCUGGUGGAUAUGACAAUAGCGCAGGCUCAAAUUAUCCUUUACGAGGAAGCAAAAACACAUUCUGGGAAGGUGGUGUACGUGGUGUAGGCUUUGUGUACAGCCCACUCCUGAAAAACAAAGGUCGAAUUUGCGACGAACUUGUCCAUGCAACUGAUUGGCUCCCAACUCUGUACGCAGCUGGUGGAGGAAACAUCCAAUCACUUGGCAAGAUUGAUGGUUUUAAUAUUUGGGAGACCAUCUCGAAUUCAGAAUCUUCGCCACGUUUUGAGGUGCUUCAUGGUGUGGAUACCUUCAGUGAACUCUCCGGUGCCCUUCGCGUUGGAGAUUAUAAAUUGAUUGUAAACCAAGAUGAUGGUUAUUACGGAGAUUGGUACCCAAGGCCGAGUGUUCCAAUACCCAAAGGGAUGAAUAAACGUAAAAGAAGACAAAUUAUUGAAGGUACCACCGUUGACUGUACCAUACGUGAACCUCAUCCAUUGUUAUUCACCCAUGCACCAGUAUGUAAACCACGAGAACGACCAUGUCUUUUUAACAUCAAGUGGGAUCCGUGCGAGUACCAUAAUAUCGCAGAAAUCAUGCCAAACACGAUGAAAGUAAUGCUCGAGAGAUUCUAUUAUUUUGCCAAUGCCUCAAAAGCACCAAUCUAUCCCGAGUCUGACAAUUCCUCAAGGCCCGACAUGCACGAUGGGAGUUGGACAUUCUGGCGUGAUAACCCAGAAAUACCUUCAACCAAUCCUAGAUUUAUCUAUCCAGAUCCAAUGGCCCAACUCAAGAUGAAUGAUCACGGGGGAAGCAGUGCACCUUACAUUCCUGCUGAUAAUGAGAAGAUUUUUAAAGAAAAGGCAAAGAAAUUUGCAAAUAUUACCAAACACCAUCACAAAGACGACCACAAGCAUCUUGCACCACCCACCGUCCACAAGGAGAAUCCACCAACAGUAAAACACAAACCUUAUAAAAUUUCCUCAUCGACAACUGUGACCAAAGUUAAACCAAACGUGAUUAUUGAAGGUAUUGGCAAUCUUAUAGAGCCACAACGUCAACCAUUGGCCCCAACUGAUGCACCUUUUGUUCCUGCUACCACCCAAAGCGCAUUUGUUCCGAUGAUACCAACUCAACCACCAGUCAUUGAUAUACAAAAUGUGCUGAUGGAUGAUGUAGGAAGCGGGUUUGCACCAACUAUCUCUCCAACCGCGCAGUUCUUAUUUCCCAGCAAACCACCGGCCAAAAAGCUUAAACCUGUCACCCUUGGAGACGUUAUCAGCAGUAAAAACGAGAAGAAGAUCAAGGAUGAAAAUAAAGGCUUGGGAUCCAAACUACACUCAGAUGAGAUCAAAAUUGAUCUACCACAAGUUUAUGACGUUAUUGAUGAGACUGACAACCCACCAUCCAGCCAGGCCCCGAAAGAUGAUACGAAUAUCCCCAAUGUCUAUGACGUUAUUGACGUCAACAAAGAAGAGACAAAAGCAACUAGCAAUUAUGAUAAUGGAUCAGGCAUGUGGACAAAGCCAGAGCAACCGGCGAAAAUACCCCAAAAGAAGCCUCCCGCCCCGAAGAUUACACCACCUGCAAAAGCCCCACCUGCAAAAGCCCCACCUUCUUCACCUCUGUCAACAUUUUUCAAACCCAAACCUCACGUUACUGCAGGAGUACUCCCUGCACCACACAAAUUCACUGGUGAUAUUAUCAUGGAUGGACACAAGUUCCAUGUUGAGGGAACAGAAACCGGGGAUACCAACUGGCUGAUGAAUGAUUUCAAACCAGGCAACCAGAACGAACCAACACCGAAAUCACAUGUUUUCGAACCCAAAGAAAAAUUAAAGAAUAACAAUCCAGUCGACUCCACCGAUUAUAGCGAGGUCACAGAUAUCAUUGUUGAAUCACCGAAAGCAAGUGCACCAUCUAAAUCGAAGAAAGGAUCCGAGAGAAAUAUUCUGAAGCAAGAUAAUGUCGGAAAGUUAUUGAAAGAUGCAGCAGAAUUCGACAGCCCAACCAAGAAUAUACCCGUGGUGACGACACAUCAAGUUGAAAAUAAGGGAAAUAUUACGAAACAGAACGACACAAAUUGCGAGAAGCCAGUUCAACUGGAGUCCUCCGACAACGCUGUCGUAGUGUCUUCGGUAGUUAUCGUCGUGAUUGCUUCGGCAAUGGUGGUGGGAGUGGCACUUGUUGCAAUGAUCGCGGUAGUUGCAAGACAUUUUCAGCGGGCGAAAAACCUUAACAAUGGAGGGGCGUCGUAGAAUAGAAAAGAGUUCGUAAAAAACUUAGAAGACUGAAUUUUUUGUAGUGUUUGCAAGCCAAACAAGGAUUGCAUGUUUGCAAGCCAAACUAGGAGUGCAACAUAUAUUCGAAAGGAACACGAGUAUAUAUGUUAUUGAAAUACCCAUACCAUUGCCUUCUCAUACUGAACGAAAAGCAGUUUUUAUGGCAAGGCUUACAAUUAACACUGUUAAGGAUAUGAUGUUAACAUUUUCGGAAGGAUUCAUUAUAUUUUAAACUGAUUUCCAACAAUUCAUGAGAAAACCCUCAAAUCCUAAAAGGCAAAUACUUUGAGAAUACUUGACAAGAAAUCAGUUAUAAAAAAAGAUUAUAGAGAUAUGAUAUGUGUCAGAGCAAAUCAAUAUACAUUUAUACAUGCAAAAUUAUAAAAGUAAAUUCAAAAGAUCUUAAGCCACAAUAGUAACAGGUUUAAGUUACAUUGAUAUUUGUUUUGCCUGAUACAUCGUGUAAAAUAGAUAAAAUGUUAAGAUAUUCUUCCAUACAUGCAUUGCCAGAAUUGUAAGCAUCAACAUAGAAGACACGUUUUGCUUGAAUGGUGGUAAAUUUAUGAAUGGUGGUUUAUUGUUCUCGUGCAGCCUAAAAAUUCGGUGAGACUGAGUAAUUUGAAUCUUACUUUACGGACAUUAAUAUUGAAAACAGUUGGCUAAUUUGUUGCUCUU